AUGCAUCUUAGCCACGAGACGGUCCCGAUUCAAGUCCCGGGCAUCAACCUCAAUCUUUCAACAAUUCACAGAUUGAUCUCAGCGCCACCAAUUGUCUUCCUACAUGGAUUCGGUUCCUGUAAGGAAGAUCUGGCAGAUCUGGUCCUUCAUCCAGCAAUGCAAGAGAAUGGCUUCAUAGCCUACGAUGCCCCAGGUUGUGGUCAUUCCACAACUGACAACCUUUCCGCCACGGAUAUUCCGUUCCUUGUCGCCACCGCAGAGGCCUUUCUGGAGCACUUCAACAUCAAAAAAUUCCAUAUCAUGGGCCACUCUAUGGGGGGCUUCGUAGACAUCAAAGGCAAUCUCGCGCCGGAAGACUGCUUCCUCAGCCGGCAGAUCUUCACUUUCCCUUUAGAUGAUCCCGAAAAGUUCUUUGAUGAAUUCAUCGACCGGACUCGCAAGGCGAGAUCUUACUCCAAUCCCCUGUAUGCAUCUGCACUGCGUUUGCGGGUUCGCGCGGGCGCGGUACGCCCUAUCUUUGAGUCUAUGGUGCAGCUGUCCGAUCAUGAAGAUCUGCUUGGAAUAUUCUUGAGCCUUCCUUUUCCCAAGAUGUUCAUGUUUGGCGAGGAAUGCCGUGACCUGUCGUAUCUACCACGCCUGCAGAAGGAGGGCGUGGAAUUGGCAGAGAUCCCACAAAGUGGUCACUUUCCUAUGUACUCUAAUCCGGUCGAGAUGUACAAGCGGAUAGCGGCAUUCUUGCAUUUGACUAAGCAGUCCUAG